CCGCGGCCGGCAGUGCGCUCGCAUCCGCUGUCUGCCCGUCGCCUUCUCUGUCUCUCUUCAGGGUCUCUCUGGGGCUUUUGAAAGACCGAUAAAGUUCUAAACCAAACAGAUCCCUGUAACUGUUCUGCGCGUGGUGUAUGACAUCCUGUUGUCCGUACUUUGUGGCUUUGUAGGUCAAGUUCUGCCCGCACUGCUCGGCCUGGGGCACAGUUGUAGCAAUGGCUUCAGGAACAGCGCUGAUUUAUGAUGAGGAGAUGACCACUCACAAACUGCUUUGGAAUGACCCCAUUUGUGAUAUUGAAGUGCCAGAAAGACUUUCAUCCUCCUAUGAGCAGCUUAGAAGUUACCAUCUUGUGGAAAGAUGUGUUCAUGUGCCUGCCAGAGAAGGAAGUGAGGAGGAGAUCCUGCUGGUUCACAGUUUAGAGCACUUGGAAGUGGCAAAAAGCACUCAGACAAUGAAUGAGGAGGAGCUGAAAAGGGUCUCUGAAAAUUAUGAUGCUUUUUUCUUUCAUCCGAGCACUUACCGCUGUGCCAGACUAGCAGUAGGAGCAACUUUGCAGCUGGUGGACGCUGUGAUGUCAGGAAAAGUGCGCAAUGGAAUGGCGCUAGUCAGACCUCCAGGUCACCACAGCCAGAGAAAUGCAGCUAACGGGUUCUGUUUGUUCAACAACGUUGCUAUUGCAGCAGAAUACGCAAAACUGAAAUAUGGUCUGCAGAGAAUCUUAAUUGUUGACUGGGAUGUGCACCAUGGGCAAGGAACCCAGUAUAUAUUUGAAGAAGAUCCAAGUGUUUUGUACUUUUCUUGGCAUCGCUAUGAACAUCAGGAAUUCUGGCCAUCACUCAGAGAAUCCGAUUAUGAUGCUGUGGGUCUAGGAAAAGGAAAAGGUUUUAACAUAAAUUUGCCUUGGAAUAAGGUUGGGAUGGGAAAUUCAGAUUAUCUUGCUGCGUUUUUCCAUGUGUUGCUUCCAACGGCUUUUGAGUUUGAUCCUGAACUGGUUAUUGUCUCCUCUGGAUAUGAUUCUGGAAUUGGUGACCCUGAAGGUCAGAUGAAUGCCACUCCUGAGGUUUUUGCCCAACUUACCCAUUUCCUGAUGCAGUUAGCUAAUGGAAAGCUGUGUGUCAUCCUAGAGGGUGGAUACCAUUUGAAAUCAUUGGGUGAAUCAGUAUGCAUGACUGUAAAAACUUUGCUUGGAGAUCCUGUACCUCAAGUAACUGGAGAAAUGGCACCUUGUCUAAGUGCUAUUGAAUCUAUUCAAAAUGUGAGAGCAGCACAUAAACCCUACUGGAAAUGGUUGGCUUAUGAAGAUACAUCAUUUUUACAAAAUUUGAGUACCAAAUCACACUUUUCAAAGACAGCUAAUUCAAAUCCCUCCACAGAACAUGAAUCUAAGAUAACUAACAACAAUGACACUGUCAAAGUAGACAGGUUUUUGGAAUUGCACAUGAAAAAUAUUCAGUUUCCAGUGCCUCCCAUCAAAACAGCAACAACUGGCUGUGAAGGUUCAGAACAUUUUCUCUCUGAACAUGUUCAUCUGGUGAAGGAAAUGGACAAAACUGAAAUAAAAGCUCUUGUCAGUGGCUUUUAUGCAGACCUUGUGAAAGAUGACAAAACUUUGCUCUCUCUUGGCAGUAUGUUUGUGAUCCUAGAUAAAAUACUUAAGAAGGAGGUGUGUAAUGGAAUUGCAGCAUCACCCACAGCUGCUCUUUCUGCUGCCGUUGCACUAAGACAUUCUGUUCGUUUGGGAUUUCAAAGAGUGCUUUGUGUAUUUGUUGGAGACAUGCAGAUGAUACCAAACACAGAAGAUGGAAAAAUGCUUAUCAUAAACAUCUGUGAGAAAGAACAGUCUGUAAAGACCAAUUGCAAAGACUAUAUUUCUCUAAACUGGAAAGAGGAUGCUGAAGGAAAUGAUUUCUUUUCUGCUGUACUUGGAUUCAUUCUUCCUGUAGCAUAUAGUUAUCAACCAAACUUAACAGUAAUAGCUGUUGGACCAAACAGGAACCUUGGAAUAAGUGGGAUUUCUCUGCUUGUUGCUUUACUACAAGGAUUAGCUGAGUCUCGAAUUUUUGCUGUGAUUGAGGACACAGAGAUAAGUUUAAUGCAAAAUGUAGCCAAAGUGUUGGUGGGUGUUUCUACACCUUCCUUUGGAAUCUAUGUACCUCCUACCCAAGAAAAAGUAAAUAGAAUAAAAGCAUUAAGAGACCAAUUUCAGCAGAAAUGGAAAAUGCUUCAGUGUUCAGUGAAGGAGGGGAUUUCAAGUAAUUGAUUUCACUUCAGAAUCAUUUUACAAAGAAGAAGAAGAAGAAAAGGAAAAUAUGAGGACUUCACUCUGCCCUCUUUUCAAGCAUAAAUUGUGUGUAUAACAAAUAAGAACUCCCAAUCUCCAGAGACUUAGUAGUGGCCUAAGGCCACAUCAUGUAAAUUCUUAAAAUUAAAUAAGCAACCCAAUGCAAUAGCCAUUAUAUGCCUUAUUUUGUAGUAUUCCAGGUAUGAUUUAGGGAUCAUUUUCAAGAGCACUUUUUUGUUAUUGUGACUUUAAUAAUUUGACUUUCUGAUUUCAGACACUUCAAAUUAUGUUUAUACUGGUGUUCCUACUGGGUUCAAUUUUAUAUCAUGUGGAAUAAAUAAAUCUGCCUUUGCAGUUGUCUUUUUUAA